GGCCAGGGUGUAUGCAGCACUCGCUAGGCAAUGAAGACCUCCCUGUGAGGAGGAUGCGAACGCGUACCCAAAGGGCCCGCAUUCCUGUUCGUCUGAAUGGGGCUGCUUUACGUACAUGCUGGUUGGUUUAGAAAACUUUCGUUAGAAAAGGAUAGCGGGAAUAUAAAAUUAUAUAUUUCACAAACGCAAGGGCACCUCACUGACGGGGUCAGACCGCGUGGUGCAACGGGCACUAGAAAUAGCCUAGUUUUUUAUAUUCAGAUAUUUAAGUAUUUCACAAGAUAAUCCUGAAGUCAGCACAGUGAUACAUAAGCGUCAGUCCAACCUACGCGAAGCAAAUAAUAUCCAAAAUUAUGUACAUAUUUAUCUUUUAUAACUGUGGAGUUUGUAAGUAAUAACAAUUAUUAUUUUUGAUUAGAGACGCUGUUGAGUUGUAUGGUUUGCAUUCCUCUUUAUAUGAUGAGACUUUUGAGCCCGAGAAAAACAGGAUGCGUUUAUCAGCCAGUAUCUAAUCUUAGGUUACAAUGUCAUGCGAUAUCUGAAAAUAUUUAUGCAUUGACGAGGCACAAAAGUCAUCAGAACUCGCUACUAUUCGUACUUCAGAAGACUCUUUGACGAUGUCCAGCCUACAAAGUAGUAGCGGUAGCUGUAGCAGCGGUUCAUCGGCAUCAGGAGGGAGUGAUUGGACAAGCAGUUUGUACUUCACCGCUAACGCCAAAACUCCUGGCAUUUAUCCUGCCAAAAUAUCAGACGAAGAAUUGAUGGAUUACUUCAAAAAGGUUGAGGGAACUGAAGAUCAAAUAAUUCGGGUUUGGAUUUUCAAACAAAAUCUCUCAGCCUGGCUUCCGAAGGUGUUUGGUGCUUGGCAUGAAUUCACCGUUGUGGAAUCGACUAAUUAUUUCUGGUCGUUCGAGAAAGAUUCGAAAGGUAUUUGUGUCCAGCGGGCGAAGACCAGAGUACAUGUUAAGGAUUGGUAUCGUGGGGUGGAACGAACCGGAUCGGUGACGCCCGAAGGGAGGGAUCCGCAGAAGGGUAGGGAAGGAGAUACGGUCAAUGACAUUAUAUGGUGGAUAUACAAGGAAAAUUAUUUAAAGAGAGGAUAUCACGCUACCAAAUCGAAUUGCCACUAUUUCGCGUCAUUGAUAUUCGAAGCAAUUGCACGUCAAAAGGGUAGGCGACUUUAACUAUCGGGGAGUCAUAUCAGCAAACCGGUCCUUCUAAUUUUUCAAUCUGUCGGAAUUGACCGGUUUUUUUUUGGGUGUGAAACAUUUCUAGAAUGAAAAAUUAAUUGAAUAAAGUAUCACAAUAAACGUGUCAUUUACUGCGCAUAUAUUAAGAG